AUGAGGGGGAUAAGGAGGAGGGGAAAAAAAUGGAAAAUUUCUUUUGAAGUCGAUUCGAAUCUCAAGACUGUAACACAUUCGGAUCACAUGAUUGCGUGGCAACACGCCUCUCUCAUUCUCUUCCACACGAAUUUUGGAAUCAACUUCGUACUUUACUGCGUGAGUGGACAGAAUUUCAGAAAAGCUUUGGCGGGCCUCUGCUGUCCGAGAAGGCAAAGAACAAACGAAACGACAAGAGUGACAGGCAAGUGA